AUGGAGAGAUCUUAUUUUUUCCUCUUGGUUCUAACUCUCGCUCUUUCCUUUUCAUCUGCAUAUUCUAGAGAUUUUAUAAGCUGCGUAGAAUCCAAAUCAACCAAUGCGAGCUCCAUUUCUCAGCUCAUUUACACCCCUGGCAAUGCUUCUUUCCUACCCAUUUGGCAAUUCGCAGUUCAAAACACCAGGUUCCUUAAACCCUCCACUCCAAGACCAUCAAUCAUCGUGACACCUACGGAUGAAUCACUCGUCCAAACAUCUAUUCUCUGUGCCAAGAAACAUGGGUACGAGAUCAGGAUCAGAAGUGGGGGGCAUGACUUCGAGGGUCUCUCAUACACUGCCGAUGUUCCAUUCGUUAUGAUCGAUCUCAACAACAUGAGAUCUAUAGACAUAGACGUAGCUAAAAGGACUGCAUGGGUGGGGACAGGCGCUGUGCUUGGUGAACUUUACUACAGUAUUGCACAGAAGUCCAACAAUACCUUGUAUUUCCCCGGAGGUACAUGGCCUACGGUGGGGAUCAGUGGGUUGAUAGGUGGUGGUGGCACCGGAAACCUGUUAAGGAAAUAUGCUACAGCCGGUGAUAAUGUUUUGGAUGCUCGUAUCAUAGAUGUCAAUGGAAGGAUUCUCAAUAGGAAGUCGAUGGGUGAAGAUUUGUUUUGGGCGAUUCGAGGAGGUGUUGCUUCCAGUUUUGGAGUUGUUGUUGCAUGGAAAUUACAGUUGGUUUCUGUUCCAGAAAAAGUAACUGUCUUUAUAGUGAAUAGAACUCUCGAACAAGGUGCAACAGAACUUUUCUAUAAAUAUCAGUCUCUUGCAACUUUUGAAGACAGAAAUUUGUACAUAAGAUCCCAGGCAGCUUCGGAGUUUAUUGGAAACACCACACAAAAAACCAUGCGAAUCAUCUUCCAAGGAAUUUAUCAGGGCACAACCAACGAACUGCUUCCAGUGUUGGACAAAGUUUUCCCGGAGCUCGGUGUUACACGAGAGAUUUGUCAAGAAAUGACAAGCGUCCAAUCGACACUUGUGUUUUUUGGAAGGCCAAGCACCACCCCGCUUGAGAUUCUUACAAACCGAUCUGCCAUACCCAAGUCAAACAGCAAAACUAAAUCAAACUUUGUCAGGACUCCGAUCCCCAUAUCUGGACUGGAAAAAAUCUGGAGUAAGUUUUUUGAAAACGAUUUGUCAGGUGGUUUGCUUAUCAUUCCUUCUGGAGGAAGAAUGGAUGACUACGCAGAGACAGCAACACCAUAUCCUCAUAGAGCUGGAACCUUGUACUUGUUGGCUACCAGUGUAAGUUUUGUAGGUCAAGCUAACGAUACAACCCCUGUAUCGCUUAGAAGAUUAGCUUGGUUGCAAAGCUUGGAAGAGUUGUUGACUCCUUAUGUGUCACAGAACCCGAGGGAGUCGUAUGUCAAUAACAAUGAUCUGGAUAUCGGUGUUGGGGCUGCGAAUUAUAAGGAAGCAAGUGUUUGGGGCGAGAGGUACUGGAAAAGGGAGAACUUCAAGAGGUUGAUUCGAAUCAAGGCUAAAGUUGAUCCUAAGAAUUUCUUUAAAUUUCCACAGAGUAUCCCAGUCUUUAAACGCCGAGGUCUCGCACAAUAA